CCUAUUCUUAAGGACCAAGGACAGCAUCACAUUAUGAUUUACCAAUUUCUUUUCCUUUUUUAUUGUUAACAUACCUAGGUUCCUGCCUGGAGGAUUUGGUGAUCCCCUGCUACUAGACACGGAAGCCUGUUAAGCGAAAGCUUCUUCUAUUCCGUCCACAACCAUUUGAACCAUUUGAAUCCGCGGUAGUUACGAAAAUUUUUGAUUCCUGGGCGUAUAGCUAUUGUUUGCUAGAUAUGCGUUCUACACUGUUAUGUUUCAUUGUAUGUUUGUCUGGUUUUGUAGCGCUUGCUAGAAAAGAAAUCAAUGAACCUGCCACAGCUAACCCUAUUACUUUUAGUGUAGAUGGUUGCUUGCUAUUAUCAGCUAUCAUGAAGAUUCACAUAUCAAAAUCAGACGCUGUUAAGCAAUCAGAAUCAGUGUUUACAACCUACAUUAAUUCAACAAAUGCUAAAAGCAUCAACUCCAGCGGCGCAUGCAUCAAUUCCACUAGCAAAGAAUACAACCUCUUAAACUUGGGUUGGAAGCCGAAUGGUUCUGAGGGCAAUUGGAAUAUAUCAUUUAAUUUCUCUGAGACCCAUCCUGGUUAUUAUGGUUUAACUAAUGUAUACUUAUUGUACUGGCUGGAUAAAUCGGGUCCACGUAAUGCUUCCACGAAUAAAUCACUUUUUUCUUGUGCUAUUGGUACAUCGUUUAUUUGUCUAAGUGAACAAACCUAUGAAUUAAAAGAUAAAUCAUCAAAUUCAACAAAUGUACGACUUACAUUUAGUGAGUUUCAAGUUGAAGCCUUCAGAAAUAAUGAUGUUUCUAAUAAUACGUUUACUGGACCAACUUCCUCUUGUGCUGCCGAUUAUGUACCGACUAAAGUGAUUCCUAUUGUUGUCGGCGUUUUAUUGGUGGUUAUGAUAGCGGCUGCUUUAAUCGCUUUUAUUAUCAGUAGUCGACGCCGUCAAAUUGGUUAUGAAGAGAUAUAAUUUGUGAAAAUAAAGUCGGCCUAACAUACAGGUCUUAUAGCUAAUGAAUCAAACUCUCAGAUCUGAUAAUCUUAGCAUGAUUUAGCUAUUGUUAUGCUAUUUUUUCAUUUACAUUGCUUUUGAACCUAUUUCUCUAUUUCAUCAAUAAUUACUGCUUUUAUAUAUUAUUUAUGUAUACCAUUAAACCCUAAAAUUUUAUAUUUCAUUUUUGGUGCUCAUUUCAUUUUUUUACACGCAUUUCGGUCUUAUGUCUUGAUGGUGUUUUUUAGAUUCAGGUUGUUUUUCACUUGAUGAUUUACAAUAUAUUGUCAUUGUUCGUUCAGUAAAUUGUAUUUUGUAAUGUAAGUAGAGGAUAAUGUUAGUAUGCGUAGAGUGUGGUAUCAUAUUGUAUGAAUUCAAUUACAAUUUAAACAUGAUUAUAGAUACCUGCCUCAUUUUUUCAAUACACAUUGUAUGCAAAUUGAUUCACUAUUCUGU